AUGGUUUCCUCAGUUGACUGGGCGUGGGAAAAGUUGGACACCUCUCCAGCAUGGGUUUCCGAAGAAGUCAGACAAGGAGGAAAUGUGAGUUUACCGUUCAAGCGAUAUGGCCAUUCAGUUGUUGUAUACCAAGAUAAGGUUUACCUGUGGGGUGGAAGGAAUGACCAAAGCGUUUGCAAUACCCUCUUCUGCUUUGAUCCUCGAACUCGGCGAUGGUCGGUGCCAGAUCUGAAGAGUCAAUCGACGAAACCGCCAGCAUGUGAUGGGCAUUCGGCAUGUGUAAUAGGAAACAUGAUGUACGUUUUCGGAGGAUUUGAAGAUAGUGCGCAACAAUUUUCCCAAGAGCUUUACGCGUAUGAUUUUGAUGAGAACGCCUGGCGUUAUAUUCGAACAUCCACUGAAAUACUCCCACCUCAAAGAGAUUUCCACUCAGCAGUCGCCAUUGGAGAAGACAUGUACAUUUUUGGAGGUCGGAGUGACGAAUCCGCGCCGUAUUACACUGGGAGAGAUGUGUACCACCCUGAAUUGUACCGAUUCAAUACGAGGCUAAAAGAAUGGACUCUCGUUACUCCGUAUCAUCCCCGUAGAAAACCAGUUUCUCCGCGUGGUCGGCGAAGUUUAUCCGCAUUCGAAUACAAUGGCAAUCUGUACAUCACAUGCGGCUAUAAUGGAAUCGAGAAGAAGCAUUACAAUGAUUUUUUCAUGUUCAACGUUGCUGGGAAUUAUUGGGUGGAACUGAAACCAAAAGGCAGUGGCCCGGCUCCGCGAAGAAGAAUGAGCUCAUGUGUUCUUGACAACCGAGUGUUCUUCUUCGGGGGAACGAGUCCGCGAACGAGGCCGGAUGCGGGUUCGGAAUCUUCAGAGGAAGAGCACGGAGAGGUUGAAUUGCGCGGGUUGGAGAACCACGGAGAUAUUUUCAUUCUUGAUAUGUGUAAGUUUUAUUGUCGGUGGCCUAUUUUUUGAGAGGGUUGCGUUUUGAGAGUGUGUGAUGAUAGCUUGUCUACUAUUCCAUAUAUUUUUGCCUACGAAACUUCUCGAUUUCGAGGUCCUAUUUUCUAGGAUAAUAAGGCCAGUUUCUGUUUCAGUUCCGACUUUACGUACAAGAUGCAUGAAAGCCAUCAUUCAUCAUAAACUGAACUACUCCGAAAUAACGUGGGAUGUGAAGUAAGUGAACUUCACUGCAUGCGUUUCUCCUGUCUGUUAUUCCCAUUUUUGAUGAUUCACUGGUUGACUGUCUGCGCUUUUUUUCUUCCAUUAGAGGGGAGCUUAAGAAAAUGUGCUCUGAAAAAGCGUUGGAAGAUGCAAAAGGUCGUUGCUUCAAACGGGGCAUGAUGGCAUAGACGCUCCUCGUGGUACUUCAAGUUUUCUUGGUUGUCACCGGGUCGUUCACACUGCGAUGAAUGAUACUGCCUUCUUCAUUUUAACCGUGAAAGAUGAAUAUCCUCGGAAGGAGUUUCUCCUGCGGCUGUUCACAAAGCGUCUGCCUCUGGACUUUUUUUUUUAAAUUUGGAUGCAUGAAGUUUUUUUUUUUAUAGCUGUGAUGGAGAAAUUGAAUCGGACCGAAUCUACGUUUUGCCGGUUGCGCGUGAAACUUCAAUCUGAGCAUUGAGCCGGACAAUAUUCUUGGAGCUUACAGCACUGCGGAAUUUUUAUCGAAAAGCAGAAUAGGUACCUUGUUCUACUUACUGUAGUCAAUCAAACCUCGUGUUUUUAUUUCGGAAGUUAUUCGCUUUUUCUCGGUAGUUAUGAAAUUCAAAUUGAAACGUUCGCUUAAGAAAUUGAAAGUUUUUGAUGCACCCAAUGUGCCUGUUCGAAGCCUUUCGAUGAAAACUCCAUGAUGUAUUUCCGAGUUGAUCUAUUGUAGCUAACGUAGCAGGUCUGCGAAGAUGCUCUUCCUUUGCGCCGGUCAUGAUUACUGUAGAAGUUUGUAGAAAUUUGGAUCGAGAAAUAAUCUUGGAAUUGGAAGAAUGCUGGAGCAGAGGCUAAACGCUGGCUCUCAGGAAAUAUGCCGGAGAACCCCUUGAACUUGUGGAUCGCGUCUUGCCUGUUUUUUUUUCUGUGGUCGUUUAAUAUUUUGUUUUGACGCAAUGCCCUCGUUGAUGUGAAGAAUUUCGUGACAAAGCGCUAUUGAUGGUGCAUACGAGGUCGCAUGAUUUUCGCUAAGAUCUGGCUCGUGGCUUCACAGAUUUCGUCGUCGACUCAUCGCAGGGAAUCUCGCAGCCGAGUCAUUCUUGCCGCUCUCUUCCUUUUUUUAUCCAUUGCUCCGUAAAGUUUGUCGAUUUCCUCCAACGCCGGAUAUCGCAGGUCUUCGAAGUGAUUUACUGUACAGCACCUUGUUAAUUUUUCUUGCUUCUGCUUUUACUGAGUUGUGGCCAAUUGCUGCGUGGGUUAAAAAUGCACGUACGUUUUUAUACGAUAAAUGA